AUGGCUGGAGUUCUGGAAUCACUGAGUUUCUGGAUGAUAAUUGGUGUCCAUGUAACAUUUUUGGUGUUAGCUCAAGACGUGAAUCAAUUUGUGAUUUAUGACUUCAAGAAUUCAGGCCUGUAUCUUCAUGGAAUGGCAAAUACCCACGAUGGUCCAUUGCAUCUUACAAAUAAUACAGAGACGAGAACCGGUCAUGCUUUCCACAAAAGUCCCAUGAAGUUCACAGCGUCGUCGCCCAGUUCAUUUUCCUUUUCAACAGAAUUCGUCUUUGCAAUCAUUCCACUGCAAAGCCCCCCUUCUUAUGGUCAAGGAAUGGCUUUUGUGGUAGCUCCUACCACAGACCUCAGGUAUGGCGGCACUGCAACUUCGGGUUUAGGGCUUUUCAAUAGAACACAUGAUAACAGAACCGAAAACCAUAUCCUGGCUAUAGAACUUGACACUAAUGAGAGCUCUGACGUGUUUGACAAAAGCGGAAACCAUGUAGGGAUUGAUAUCAACAGUAUAGUCUCGGUCGAUUCUGCCAAUGCUAGUUUCUUUGAUGAUAAAGAGGGAAAGAACAUAACCCUGCUGCUUGCUAGUGGAAACAGUAUUGUGAUCUGGAUAGAUUAUGAUGGAAUAGAGCAAUUACUAAAUGUAACGUUAGCUCCAGUACCAACUCCAAAGCCAGUUUCAUCUCUCUUGUCAAGUUCCAUCAAACCAAGUGUGCCACUCUUGUCAAGAUCCAUCAAUCUUUCAACUAUUUUCAUGGAGACUAUGUUUGUAGGUUUCUCUGGAUCCACAGGCUCAACCAGAAGUGACCAAUAUAUCCUUGGAUGGAGUUUCAAGAAAGGCGGAAAAGCAGAAAGCCUUGACCUUUCAAAGAUUUUGGAUCCACCUCCACCGUCUUCACCACCAUCCUCUCCUCCGCCACCCUCUCCGCCACCCACAUUAAAACAGAUUCUUGGCAUUACUAUACCAACAAUUGCUUUUCUGUUGAUGAUACUGGGAGGAAUUGUGUAUCUUUACAAGAGAAAGAAGUAUGCGGAGGUGCUGGAACAAUGGGAAAAGGAAUAUAGUCCCCAGAGAUUCUCCUUCAAGAAGCUCUACAAAGCAACCAAGGGUUUCAAGGAGAAUCAGCUACUUGGAGCAGGAGGUUUUGGAAAAGUAUAUAAAGGAAUACUUCCCUCUGGAACAGAAAUCGCUGUUAAGCGAGUCUACCAUGAUGCAGAACAAGGAAUGAAACAGUAUGUCGCAGAGAUUGCUAGUAUGGGAAGGCUAAGGCACAAGAACUUGGUGCAGCUCCUUGGUUACUGCAGAAGGAAAGGUGAACUGCUUUUGGUGUAUGAUUACAUGCCAAAUGGAAGCCUUGAUGACUACUUGUUCACUAAAAACAAGUUAAAAGACCUCACUUGGUCUCAGAGAUUGAACAUAAUCAAGGGAGUCGCCUCUGCCCUUCUGUAUCUUCAUGAAGAGUGGGAACAAGUUGUGCUACAUAGAGAUAUCAAAGCUAGUAACAUUCUGUUAGAUGCCGAUCUAAAUGGACGGUUGGGAGACUUUGGGCUAGCCAGAUUCCAUGAUCGUGGUGUGAAUCUAGAAGCCACACGAGUGGUAGGAACCAUUGGUUACAUGGCACCAGAGCUUACUGCAAUGGGAGUGGCUACUACUAAAACCGAUGUCUAUGCUUUUGGAGCUUUUAUCAUGGAAGUGGUUUGCGGGAGGAGACCAGUAGACCCUGAUGGACCACGUGAGCAAGUGAUUUUGGUUAAGUGGGUUGCGAGUUGCGGGAGAAGAGACGCUCUAACUGAUACCGUUGACAGUAAACUAAGAGACUUUAAUGCUGAAGAGGCCAAGAUGCUUUUGAAGCUAGGAAUGCUCUGUUCACAAAGUAACCCAGAAAACAGACCUAGUAUGAGAGAGAUAUUACAGUAUCUGGAAGGAAAUGUCAAGGUUCCAGGUAUAUCAUUUGAUACUGCUGGAUUCGGUAUGCCCAAUAUAAGCCAUGAAACAGUAACACAAAUGACAACAGCCUCCUCAUCAGCUAAUUUCUCAUAUGAGGAUGUUACAAUCCUAUUUGGCGGUCGCUAA